GGUGGACAGCGUCGAAACUCUCAGCACAUUUCAUCGAGGGCUUGUUGUCGACGGGGACGGAGGCGACGGAGAAAGUUGGGAGAUUUCACGCCGCCAUACCAGGCUCGGGGAAAGUUGGGAAGAAAGUAAACCGAGUGGACAAAAGUCGGAGUCUGUGGGAAAGGAAAUGUGUCGACGGUGGCGGACUUGAAAGCCACUUUGAGGCGCGAAGGGGAGACAAACAUGCGAGCCUCCUUGCUGCUGCUGCUUGUACUGUGGAGGACUUCAGUGGGCCAGUACUCCAGCGACCAGUGCAGCUGGAAGGGCAGCGGGCUGACUCACGAGGGCCACACCCGGGACGUGGAGCAGGUGUACCUGCGCUGCUCGCAAGGUUCUCUAGAGUGGCUCUACCCUACCGGCGCCAUCAUCGUCAACCUGCGGCCGAACACGCUCUCCCCUGCUAGCGCCCGCCUCACAGUCUGCAUCAAGCCCAGCGCCGACUCCAGCGCCACUAACAUUUAUUUGGACCUCAAUGGGCGGCUACGACUGCUGCUUCGCGAGCAGGACCAGGCCAGCAGUAAAGUGCACUGCUUUGGCAUACAAGAGGGGGCGCUGUUUAUCGAGGCCGUCCCACGCACGGAUAUCAGCCGGCGGGUUACGGCGUUCCAGUACGAGCUAACGAGCAACAUGCACGGAGUGGAAGAGCCCUCGCUGGCAGCUCCAUGUCAGCCUUGCAGUGAUGCUGAGGUUCUUCUAGCCGUGUGCACCAAAGACUUUGUGGUGCGGGGCAGCAUCCAGCAGGUGGAGCAGGAAGAGGAGCGCUCGUCCGUCAGCGUGGACAUCAGCCGCCUCUACAGACAGAAGACCCAGGUCUUUGUCCCGGGGGGUCCCAGGGUACGCAGGUGGUCGGGACACAUCAAGAUGCCCCUGCAAUGCGGCGUCGAGCCCCGGGAGGGCCAGUUCCUCUUCACAGGGACGGUGCGCUUCGGGGAGGCGUGGAUGGGCUGCGCACCGCGAUACAAGGACUUCCUGCGCCUGUACAGACAGGCGCUGAGUCAGGGGAGCAACCCUUGUCACCUGGACACGGACUGAGUGGUACCCGUGGUGACCAGGACGACCCCUUGUCACCGGGACACGGACUGAGUGGUCCCCGUGGUGACCAGGAUAACCCCUUGUCACCUGGACACGGACUGAGUAUGGACUUGUUUGGAGCCAGAGGUCUCCAUGGUGACCAAGACUACCCCUUAUCACCUGGACACAGACUGAGUGGUCUCCAUGGCGACCAGGAUGACCCCUUAUCACCUUGACACGGACUGAGUGGUCUCCAUGGCGACCAGGACGACCCCUUGUCACCUGGACACGGACUGAGUGGUCCCCAUGGUGACCAGGAUGAACUCCUUGUCACCUGGACACAGACUGAGUGGUCUCCAUGGCGACCAGGAUGACCCCUUAUCACCUUGACACGGACUGAGUGGUCUCCAUGGCGACCAGGACGACCCCUUAUCACCUUGACACGGACUGAGUGGUCCCCAUGGCGACCAGGACGACCCCUUGUCACCUGGACACGGACUGAGUAUGGACUUGUUUGGAGCCAGAGGUCUCCAUGGUGACCAAGACUACCCCUUAUCACCUGGACACAGACUGAGUGGUCUCCAUGGCGACCAGGAUGACCCCUUAUCACCUUGACACGGACUGAGUGGUCUCCAUGGCGACCAGGACGACCCCUUGUCACCUGGACACGGACUGAGUGGUCCCCAUGGUGACCAGGAUGAACUCCUUGUCACCUGGACACAGACUGAGUGGUCUCCAUGGCGACCAGGAUGACCCCUUAUCACCUGGACACAGACUGAGUGGUCUCCAUGGCGACCAGGAUGACCCCUUAUCACCUUGACACGGACUGAGUGGUCUCCAUGGCGACCAGGACGACCCCUUGUCACCUGGACACGGACUGAGUGGUCCCCAUGGUGACCAGGAUGAACUCCUUGUCACCUGGAUACAGACUGAGUGGUCUCCAUGGUGACCAAGGCGACCCUUGUCACCUGGACACAGACUGAGUGGUCCCCAUGGUGACCAGGACAAACCCCUUGUCACCUGGACACGGACUGAGUGGUCUCCAUGGCGACCAGGAUACGCCUUGUCACCUAGACACAGACUGAGUAUGGACUUGUUUGGAGCCAGAGGUCUCCGUGGUGACCAAGACAACCCCUUAUCACCUGGACACAGACUGAGUGGUCUCCAUGGUGACCAAGACAACCCCUUGUCACCUGGACACAGACUGAGUGGUCUCCAUGGUGACCAGGAUGAACCCCUUGUCACCUGGACACAGACUGAGUGGUCUCCAUGGUGACCAAGGCGACCCCUUGUCACCUGGACACAGACUGAGUGGUCUCCAUGGUGACCAAGACGAACCCCUUGUCACCUGGACACAGACUGAGUGGUCUCCAUGGUGACCAAGACAAACCCCUUGUCACCUGGACACAGACUGAGUAUAUACUUGUUUGGAGCCAGCGGUCUCCAUGGUGACCAAGACAACCCCUUGUCACCUGGACACAGACUGAGUGGUCUCCAUGGUGACCAAGGCAACCCCUUGUCACCUGGACACAAACUGAGUAUGGACUUGUUUGAAGCCAGAGGUCUCCAUGGUAACCAAGACAACCCCUUGUCACCUGGACACUGACUGAGUGGUCGCCAUGGUGACCAAGGCGACCACUUGUCACCUGGACACAGACUGAGUAUAUACUUGUUUGGAGCCAGUGGUCUCCAUGGUGACCAAGACAACCCCUUGUCACCUGGACACAGACUGAGUGGUCUCCAUGGUGACCAAGACGAACCCCUUGUCACCUGGACACAGACUGAGUGGUCUCCAUGGUGACCAAGACAACCCCUUGUCACCUGGACACAGACUGAGUGGUCUCCAUGGUGACCAAGACAACCCCUUGUCACCUGGACACAGACUGUGUGGUCUCCAUGGUGACCAAGACGAACCCCUUGUCACCUGGACACAGACUGAGUAUAUACUUGUUUGGAGCCAGCGGUCUCCAUGGUGACCAAGACAACCCCUUGUCACCUGGACACAGACUGAGUGGUCUCCAUGGUGACCAAGACAACCCCUUGUCACCUGGACACGAACUGAGUGGUCUCCAUGGCGACCAAGACGAACCCCUUGUCACCUGGACACUGACUGAGUGGUCUCCAUGGUGACCAAGGCAACCCCUUGUCACCUGGACACAAACUGAGUAUGGACUUGUUUGGAGCCAGAGGUCUCCAUGGUAACCAAGACAACCACUUGUCACCUGGACACAGACUGAGUGGUCUCCAUGGUGACCAAGACAACCCCUUGUCACCUGGAAACUGACUGAGUGGUCGCCAUGGUGACCAAGACAGAUCUAAAUGUAGCAGCCCCCCCUUUCAUGUUUGUGUACAAAAUGAACGUUGUAUAUUUUACUUUGUAAAAAGCUCGAUUUACUGUUUAAUUUGUGUUUGUUUUUUUUUAAUUGUUUUUGUUUAUAAAAAGUCCCGAAUGUGAAAAAGUAUUGAAUUAAAAAAAAAAAGUUGCUUCGACACGA